CUGGCUAUGCGAGAUUUGAUAGAAGAAAUGAACGAUGGCGGAUUAUCACAUGAAAACGAAGAUAUCACAAUUAAGUACGCAAAGUGCCGAAUGUGUGGCAAGUCGGAUAAUGAGCAUCUUUUACUACUGUGCGACGGAGUGGUGGGCAGAAAUUUAGAUGGGUCUGCAAUCCGUUGCAAUGUUGCUUAUCACAGCUAUUGUCUACCAGAGAAACUGGACACUAUUCCUGAAGGCGACUGGUUUUGUCCAUUUUGUGCAGAUAAGCAGGACAGAGAGAACUCUGAAAUGCUAUCAUUCAUCGUGAGCGAACUAACAAAUGAUACAAGUUAUCAGAAUGAUACAUCGGAACUGAGCAAUGAAACAAGCACUCAAUUAAAUGGUAUCUCUAGUUAUUCAGAAUUUGAAGAUACUGAUAUUGAAAGUGCUCCAAGUUCGACUACAUUUAGCUUCAUCGACGAUGAAGUUUCUGACUUCGAUGAAUUUAAGAGAUAUCAUACGGUCAGCUUCGAUGAUUCGGAGUCAAGUUCAGAUGAGUCAGGACCGUACCUGAUGUCGUUCACUUCUUCUGCAUCAAGCAGUAGUCAGAAACCAAGACAUACUGUUGUUAAUGAAACUGGAACAUUGACAACAAGUACGAGAACUAAUGUCAAUGGUGGUAGGGUCAAAACAGAACAAAGAAAAAAAAGAACACGCUAG